CGGCGGCGGCGUCGAGGAGGCUGGAGCGCGGCCUGGAGCCCUGGUGCCUGUCGCCCCCCGGCCCCGCUUGGGUGGACACAGUUUGGGAACUGGAUUUCACCGAGACCGAGCCUUUGGAUCCCAGCACAGAAGCCCAGAUCACAGGAAACGGACUCCAGGCAUUCACCGAACUUUACGAGAGCCUCUUUCCCUUUACUCUGCAAGAACAUCAGACGACAGAGAGUAUUUGGACUCUCUUCCCCGAGUUCCACAUUUCCCACAAUGCACUCGUGGCGCUGUUCUAUCACUUCGUACAAACCGUUCACGAAAAAAAUGCCAGCGUCCAACAGAGGGAAUACGGCCUUCAUGCCGCUGGGUUGUAUUUUUUGUUGCUUGAAAUACCAGGCAGCGUAGCUAAUCAAGUGUUCCACCCGGUGAUGUUUGACAAAUGUCUUCAGACUCUGAAGAAAAGCUGGCCUCAGGAAUGUAGCUUGAAUCGGAAGAGAAAGAAAGAGCAGCUCAAAAGCUCUCAAGGGGAUCCAAGAGGAAAUCGAAAGAAGGGCAAACCACCAAGAAGAGAGGACUUGGAGAUGGAUGAAAUGUUUGAAGAAGAGGAAGAGCAAGAGAAUGAUGUUUAUUUUUCUAACCGUGACCUCUCUCAAAUUCGGGAGGCUGUGUUCCUUCUUCUGAAGAACUUUUUAAGGCUUCUCCCCAAGUUCUCUCUGAAAGAGAAACCACAGUGUGUGCAGAACUGUUUGCAGAUCUUUGUGGCAUUGACCAGUUUUGAGCCGAUUCUUCAUGAAUUAGAGCCUUCUAAAGGCAGAAACAUACCUGAGUUGGCCUAUCAUGGGUUGCGCUUGCUGUGCUCCCCAAUUCACGGGGAAGGAGAUAAGACCGUCCGUUCCCUUUUCCAUCAGCUAUUAUAUGUCAUUCUCAUGUUAGAAGGAGAAGGACCCUACUCUGCUGCGUCGAGCAUCACCUCCCAAGUUGUUAAAACCAGGAACCAAGCAAUUCAGUUUAUCAGCUCACUGGUAGAUGAACUGAAGGAGGCUGUCUUUCCGGUUCUUCGCAUCUUACUGCAAUACAUCUGUACCAAGGUCCCAGAUAAAUCCGAAUAUCGUACCUAUGCAGCUAAGUCCCUGGUGCAAUUGCUCGGAAAACUCCCUUGUGUAGAGUAUGCAGGAUUCAUAGCUUGGCUUUACAGAUAUUCACACAGUGCCAAGAUCGCAUAUAGAGUAUUUACUCUGGAUGUCCUCUUAGCUCUGUUGGAAAUGCCAGAGAGAGAGCUAGAAGGCUCCCUCCCGUUGGAGCAGCAGAAGUUUUUAAAGCACAAGUUUCUGGUGCAGGUAAUGGUGUUCGGGCGUUGCUCGGACAAAACGCCCACCGUCCGCAGCAAGGCUCUGACCAGCUUUGCUCAGUGUCUCGAAAUGUCAGCCUCCUCAUCCUCAGAGAGCAUACUGGAGCUCUUGCAAGUCAAUAAUGCUGUUUCCGGAAUGGAGACCUCCCCUGAGAGUUUACUGACCAACGCGGAAGCCCCUUCCAACUGCCGAAAGAAGACGCCUAAUGCUUUUAAAACCAUAGAAGUGACGGAGGUUGUCGACAACGAUGAAAGGACAGUGCUCGAUGGGAAGCUUGUCAUGGCCAUGCUGAGGCAGAGAGCUGAGGAUGAAAAGACCAACGUUAGGAAAUCAGCCCUCCAGGUGUUGAUGAAUAUUUUAAAACACAGCAAGAUCCCGUGUACCGAAGAAGACGUGUCUAUGCUGCAGGAUCGCUGUCGGGACCCUGCCGUCUCAGUCCGGAAACAGGCAGUGCAGUCUCUUACAGAACUUCUUAUGGCUCAGCAUGGCAAUGUCCUUAUACAAAAGGCUUGGCUGACCGGGAUUAUCCCAGUUGUGUUGGACUCCGAGAACAGCAUGCAGGAGAAGGCUCUGGAAUGCCUGGACCAGAUGUUGUUGCAGCAUAUUAAACACUACAGUAAAUUUCGGAGUGAAGAUAACAGCCAGGUGCUAGCUUGGACUCUCCUCACCCUCCUCACCGCGGAGAGCCAGGAGCUGAGCCGCUAUUUAAACAAGGCCUUUUAUCUGUGGUCCAAGAAAAACAAGUUCUCAUCCACUUUUAUAAACAACGUGAUAACCCAUACGGAAACAGAACACUCUGCCCCGGCCUGGAUGCUCCUUGCGAAGGUCGCCUGCUCGUCACCCAAACUGGAUUACACCAAAAUAAUUGAAUCCUGGGAGAGAGUCUGCAGGCAUCACAGCACUGUCUGUCCAGGCACCACGGGCCAUAUCCUGUGUGUGAUUGGGCAUAUUGCCAAGCACCUGCCCAGGGAUACCCGGGACCGGCUGAUUGGUGUUAUCACGAGCAAGCUGCGGGAGUUUGGGUGGCCCCUGGAAGUCAUUAGCCCAGCCGUCGAAGCCUUGCAGAAGCUCUGCCAUGCGUGUGCAGACACCCCGGAAGAGGCCCAGAAAUUACUGAAUCAGGUGUGCGAGGGUGUCCUGUCAACCUGUGAUCGUUACAUCUCCAGUAUAGUUCUUAAAGAAGGUGGAGCAGGGUUUAUGGAGGAAGACUUGCUGGUAAGACACAUCUUCACAUUAGGGGAGGUAGCACAGCUCUGCCCGGCCAAAGUUGAGAAACGAAUCUUCCUUCUCAUCCAGUCCAUUCUGGCUUCUGUCGAUGCGGAAACAAUGGUUCCAUCAGACGGAAGCGAUAAUCUUCCAACUUCCCAGCCACUUUCCCAGUUCAAAGGUUCUUUCAUGCCGCCGGUGAUCAGAGCCCAUGCAUUCAUUACCUUAGGAAAACUGUGCUUACAGCACGAGGACCUUGCCAAGAAGUGUAUUCCCGCUUUAGUCCGGGAGCUGGAAGUGUGCCAGGAAGUGGCUAUCCGUAACAACGUCAUGAUUGUCUUGUGUGACCUGUGUAUCCGCUACACCGUCAUGGCGGAUCGCUACAUUCCCAAUAUCUCCGUAUGCCUGAGGGACCCCAGCCCGUUCAUCCGCAAGCAGACCCUCAUCCUGUUAACCAAUCUCUUGCAGGAGGAAUUUGUGAAGUGGAAGGGAUCACUCUUCUUUAGAUUCGUCAGCUGUCUGGUGGAUGUCGACCCAGACAUUGCCAGGUUUGGAGAAUUCUGCCUGGUUCACCUUUUACUGAAAAGGAAUCCCGUCAUGUUCUUCCAACACUUCAUCGAGUGCAUUUUCCACUUCAACAGCUACGAGAAACACGAGAAGUACAACAAAUUCACCCAGUCGGAGAGAGAGAAGACUCUCUUUUCACUGAAGGGAAAACCGAAUCAGGAUAAACGGAUGCAGAUCUAUAAAUUUCUUCUGGAACACUUCACCGAUGAACAGAGGUUCAACAUCACCUCAAAAAUCAGCCUGAAUAUUUUGGCCUGCUUCGUGGAUGGCGUCCUGCCCCUGGAUAUGGAAGCCAGCGCGUUGCUCUCGGAUACCUUUGCAGUCUUGAGCUCCAAGGAGAUCAAACUGAUGGCCAUGAGGUCUAAAGUCGAAAGGGACGUGGUCGAAGAGGAUGAAAUGGCCAUGGCCAAUGCUGUCAUGCAGGAAGCCCAGAAAAAACUCAUCUCACAAGUUCAAAAGAGGAAUUUCAUAGAAAAUGUGAUCCCUAUCAUCACCUCCCUGAAGACAAUGUUGGAGCAGAAGAAGAUCCCAGCCUUGAGGGACCUCAUGAACUAUCUCAGGGAGGUGAUGCAGGAUUACCGGGAUGAAAUCAAGGAUUUCUUUGCAGCCGACAAGCAGUUGGCGGUGGAACUGGAAUAUGACAUGCAGAAGUUUGAAGAGCAGUUGGCCCAGGAGGAACAACUCCGGGAACAACCCGGCGGGGAGGGCCCGAGCAACUUGCAGGAUACCCAGCAGCCCCCACCUAGCCUGGAAACAGGCUCGUCCUCCGGUGGUCUAGACAUCCCAGCUGGGACUCCUGGUGCCAGAAGACCGCCCACGUCAGCCGGAUCUCCCACCGGCCUGGUACCUCCCAAGUCUUUGCUCCCGACCACGGAGGCGGUGAAAUCCCUCAUUCCCAGAGCCAGGCAGAUGUCCCUAAGUACCCUUGCUAUCCUGAACUCCGUCAAGAAAGCCACCGAGUCCAGUAGCAGGCGGCGGAUCAAGAGCUUCGGAGGGCUGUCUUCCACCUUCUCUCCGGGAAGCAGCAAACGAGGAUCUUUAAACAGCCUGGAUCAGCUGAGCAUUGGGACCAGGGUUUCUGUCGCCGCCCGUGCAAUCAGCACUCCAGACCGGACCAUUAAUAACGUGACCUUUGGAGCUGGGGUCAGUUUUAUCAGCGCCCCUCAUCUGUCGUCUUCAGGCAAAGAGAAAACAGGAUCCACGGAGCAGAGAGACGAGGUUUUGUGUGUGUCGUUGCCCGAUAAGCCAACUCCGCAGCCCCAGCAGUGGAAUGUGACAUCUCCAGCCAGAAAAGGAAGCAAGCCGCCCUCCGGCAGGAAAUCUUUGCGAAAGCCACCCCAGAAGUCAGCUGACUAAAGCAUCCCGGCCCCGAGUGUGUCACUAGAGGCCGAGCCUAUAAAAAUGUUCCCGUUCCCUGCGCUUUUUUCAAGAGAUCAGUCUUGGGCCCACCUCUCCCUCCUCUACAGGGAGGAAGUAAUAAUCCGCUGAAGGAUUGUCCUCCCCACUCUCUCCGUCUCAUCGAAAAACUCUGGUCUGAUGAACUGAACGUACGCUGUCUCCUCUGCUUUGACGGCCAACCUCUCCUGGAGGUUGUGUACUCUGAAGAUGCAAAAUGGAAGCCUUUGACCAAUUCAGAUUUGCUUAUCACCGAAGGGGCCGAGGUUUACUAUUGUGACUUUGUUUCUUAUGGACAUGCCAGACGCCCCUUCAUAAGGUGUAUCCCAGUUCUCUAGUGCGUGCCACAAAAAUACAAUUUAACUCUAGUUUCUCUUUCUCAACAGAAAUCGGGCCCUUGAGAGUUGGCUCUGAUUUCUUCGCCGGGAUACAUUUCCCAGUAUUUAAUGGCACAUUUUUGACAUUUUCAUGAAAUGUAAUUUUUUGUUCUUGUAACUGCAAGCCUGAAGAAGUGUACAGCUUUUUUUUUUUCCUAUGGAGUAAUAAAGGUUAAGUGUAAAUACACCCUUCCAGCAUUUAAAUAGAACAUUUCUAUUAUUGGAACAGCACUUUCGCCAGCCAUUUCAUUUUAUGUAAAACGCUUAGCAAGAACAAAGCCAGAUCUUUCAUAUAAAAACCCUUUUCGUCUGCA